AUGGCGUCGUCGUCAGUCACCUCGGACCGGCCCGAUCUCUCUGUGCCAGCAGGAGACGGCGCCAAUGAUCCCUUCUUCUCCGCCUCGUCGACCGCCCCGUCCCAUCUGCGAUUUUCCGACUUUGACCAAGAGCUCUUUGCCGCUGGUCCCGGUUCCGAUCCGCGACAGGCGAAGCGCGCCCUGGAAGCUCACCUAGCAGAGACCGACCGUCGCCUGGACGAAGCUGGCAAGAUUGGAACUGCUCUCGUAUCGCAGCGCAAAGCCCUCGCCGAACAGCUACAGGAAAUCGAAAAGCUACAGGCCGAGGAGGAGCUGGCGCCCGAGCUGCGCAAGAAGCUCGUCAGCAUCGAAAAGGACUACAAUGAUUUGGCUCGAGAGUCGGCGAGGGUCUUUUUGCCCAAGCAGCGAGUGGCGAGCACCAGCGACAACAACCAAGGCUCGCCCUACACUCUGGACAGCCGAUCAGGCAGGCGCUCCGCUAGUCCUUCCAAAUUCGAGAGUCAAGCUACGGGCUCACCCGCUAAGCUCAGCGUGCCAAACCGCAAGAUGCGAAACCAGCCGUCCAACAGAGUCCACGACAUCGAAUUCGCCGCCGAAAUCAGCACAUCGCUCAUUGCCCAGGUCCGCAACCUACAGGCAUUGCUCGGCGAACGUGAUGAGCAGGUCAAAGACCUCCGCAACGACGUCUCCCGCCUCGAGGGAGAGUCGGAGGCCCAGCAGCAGCGUCUCAAGGUUCUUGAUGAGAGUGAACAUCGCUUCAAGGAAGAAAACUGGAACCUUCAGACCCGACUGCAGGAGAUGAAUGGCCAGCAGAGGGAGGCGUCCGACCGUGAGAAGAAGCUCGACAAUGCUCUCCACGCCUCCAACGCUGCCAAGUCUGCCACCCAAAAGGAGCUGGAUGAGGUGAAGCUGACGCUCUCCAAGCUGACCGAGGAACACGCCGCCUCCACCAAGUCCCAUGACAUUGAGCUCGGCACUGCCAAGCGCGCCAUUGCUAUGGCCGAGGGCGAACGCUCUGCCAUGCAGCGCAAGAUUGACGAGCUAACCAGCCAGAACCUGGAGCUCGCCAAAGCCAUCGCGGCCCAGAGAGCAAAGGCUCAGGAGCGCGAGUCCUCUUCAGGCACUAGUGACGAAGAUCUCGAGGCUGCUGCCAUUGACAUUACACCUGAGCAUUCCCCGCCCCAGUCUCCCGUCAAGGGAACCACUCCCAGGCACUCCAUGCUCGAGACGGAGACUCUCAAGACAUCUCUGCAACAUGCCCAGCGAACCAUUCAGAGCCAGCGAAGCCAGCUCCACCGUGAAAAGACGGAGAAGCUUGAAUUCAGACGCAUCAUCCAAGACCUUCGCGACGAUUUGGAAAAGGCCAGAAACGAGCUUGAAAAAGGCCCCGCUCUGCCCCCCGUUCGUCGUGGUCGCAGGGUCGAGCCCAAGGAAGUCAAGGUCAGGCCGCCUCGAUUGCUCGAAUGGGAAGAUACUCACGAUGUUUCACCCCGCUCUUCUGGCCUUCGCGCUGGCCGUCGCUCUCCCGAUCGACGCCAGCAACAGCUUCAGCUACAACUACAGCGGCAACAACAGUCUUCUGAUGUUUCUGAUGGAGAGGAACUUAUUCUCGAAUCCAUCGAGACUAGCGACUCUUUUGAGACUGCUGCCGAAGAGGGUAACGAUUCUGCCUUUGAGACGGCCGAACCAGGAACCGAGACGGAAGAUUUCCAGACAGGACACGAGGACUUGUCUGAUGAAAGUGAUGCCCCUACUGAGGUUGCACUGUCCAUACGAGGCUUUGGCAACAUGAGACGACCUCCCAGCCUGCAGCCCGGCCUUCCAAGACACGCCAACCGAGAAUCAUUUGACAGCACUGCGUCAACUUCGACCGAGGAAGAUGAGUUCUCAGAGUUCCCAGAAUUUAGAUCACCUACCGCCGCAGCUUCUCUACGGAGAAUGCGUACGAGCAACAGGUCAUCAAUGUCCCGGAGAAGCUCUCGACAAGAGAGUGAGGAGCCUCAGUUCCGGAGCCCAGGUGCAAGCUUCAGCAGCGGUGGCGGCGAUCCAUCAACCCCCGGCCAGAGUCUCUUUGCCGAGCUGCAGGAUUUCCCCAGCGAUGAUGAAUCAUCAAUCAUGUAUACUCCUGGCCGCAGAAGCCUCCGUUCCAUGACGCCGGCUUCCACACGCCGCGCCGUUACGCCGCCUCCAGCGGUUCCCCGGCUGCCUCGAGUCAUCAUGGUAGAUACAGGUGUCAUGACCGACCCCAUCGAGUUUGGUCCUAGCAUCGCGUCUCUCGGCCACCGCACAUCUCGCAGUUCGCUGCUAAGCGUGGCCUCAUGGCGGAGCGUCGAGGACGGGCCCGCGGGCUCUGCUACGUACUCCCGCCCCGCGUCUACAAUUGCCUACAGCGAUGCCGGUGCUCAGUACGACAUUGGCGAGAAGCUUGCACAGUUCCCCUUGCCUCCCUCAUCACUGCCCAGUGAGUCGGAUCACAUGUCAGUUCCUGUGCCUGCGCUCCCUGCUGUUCUUGAACUCUCCGUCAUCCAAUCCGAGGACAUCGAGCCUCGAGAAGAACAACACCAAGAGCCGGCACCGGCCGCUGUACCUCCCACCCUGAGCUUGACACCAAUGGCAUUUGAGACAGUGGAGCCCUUAGCCGAGCCGGAGGUCCCCGCUCCUCACCUGGGAUUGUCUGCUAUCGUGGCCGAGCAUUUGGAACCCGAAGCAGAGCCCGACGUUCCACCUCCAGACCUCACCCUCUCCAGCAUCUUCGCUGAAGGACUGGAGCCCCGGGCGGAGCCAGAGCUGCCUCCGGCUGAAUUGACUCUGUCGACAAUCAUUGGCGAGGGCCUGGAGCCAGUGGCCGAGCCUGAAAUCCCCCCAGCAGCCCUUUCGCUAUCGACAAUCAUCGCUGAAGGUCUGGAGCCAGUGGCCGAGCCUGAAGUUCCUCCUCCAAUCCUCUCGCUCUCUACCAUUGCUACCGAAGGCUCGGAGCCAGUGGAAGAGCCAGAGCUACCUGCGCUGGUGCUGAGUCUCUCCACCAUCGUGGCAGAGGGACUGGAGCCCAAGGCAGAACCCGAAGCUCCUCUACCUGAGCUUACACUGGCCUCUAUCCUAUCGGAGGAAGUCGAGCCCGUUAUCGAGGAGCCAGAAGUCCCCGAGCUUAUUGCGGCCAAGGAGAUUGCCCCAGAAGAAGCUCCAGCUGUCGCCUUGCAGGAGCUCACUAUUUCGCCAAUCGUGACGGAGCAAGUCGAGCCCAUCGCUGAGCCUGAAGUGGUGGUGCCCCCACCGGCAGCUCUCACCAUGUCAUCCAUUCAGACACAGCAGCUAGAGCCCAGAGAGCUUUGGCUGCCAACUUUGACGCUGUCUACCAUUGCUGUGGAAAAUGUCGAACCCAUCGCCGAGCCUGAACCCGAGCCGGUUUCCGCAGCACUGACACUCUCUGCCCUCUCCUUCCAAAACACCAUUCCCUUCGACGAGCUGCCUAUCGAUGAUGAGGAGCUAUUCCUGCCAUCACUACCUCAGCCUGAGCUCCCUGCUCUUGGCCUCUCCUCAAUCGUAGCAGAGGACGUUGAACCCAUCUUCCCUCUCGCUCCGCAAUUUGCAUUCUCUUCCAUCUCAUCUGUUGAGACUCAGCCAGUUAGUCCUGUCAAGAGAGGGGGAUUCAUUCUCCCAAGCAAUAUCAAAUCUCCCUUCAAUGAUGAGGAAGAUGGUGAGGUAUCCGACAAGAACCUCUUUGCGUCGUAUGUCACUCGCAGAAGACCGGAGAGCGUCCCCUCAUCACCCAUUAUUGCUGAAGAUGAGACAAGUCAAUCACUUCCUGUGUCACCGCAAGUCGACACUCACGAGUCCAAGCGGCCAUUCAAGGAGAUUUCAGCCAAUGGAAUCUCUCGUCCUGGUCAGCAACUGACUCACACCAGCGACCAGGGAGCCCAGACAUCACUGACAUCGGGAGCCAUCGACGAGCUGCUCAAGACUGGAGCUGAGACUCCUGCAAAGAGCCCUUACUCCAUUGGCAGCCCUGACACCGUCGGGACUGUCAAGAUUAACCGUGCCUAUCAAGAAAACUUGGAUAGCCCCUUUUCAGCCAUCUCGAGCAAGAGCAGGACGCUUGAUCCAGCGCCUAUUUUCCACUCUACGCCCACGCACCGACCUGGCAGUGCUACCAGUGGCAAAUCCUCGCUCGUGGACGCGCCUCCUUUGCCAUCAAACCAUCAGCAGAUGAUCCAGGCGGCUCGUUCCGGCUCAUCCCACAGCAUGACGCAAACGCAGAGCCACAGCCAGAGCCAAGGCACAAUGGGCCCGCCUCUCUGGCCCGCCUCGGCAACAAAGCCAACACCGGCCACCCCCAGCAGAGACAGACCAAUGUCUCCUCCUUCUGGCCGCGGCACUCCUACUCCUCGCGCUCCUGUCCGAGCCGGCUCGUCUCAUGGUACUGCCGAAUUCCCGCUGCCACCUCCUGUCAGGCUUUCUGCUGCCAUGUCCCGGCAGACUUCCGUGUCCUCGUUCGCAUCAGAACUGGACAAUCGUUUCGGAAUGCGGGCCAAUGAGAUGGGUCUCGACCCUAGCGGAUUUGGACCCAACACCGACCCCAGAAUGAUCCAAGCCAUCACGCAGACCAUGAUUGGAGAAUACAUCUGGAAGUAUACGCGCAAGACUGGUCGCGGCGAGCUGUCUGAGAAGCGACACCGCCGCUACUUUUGGGUGCACCCAUACACGAGAACUAUCUACUGGAGCGAGCGAGACCCGUCAACGGCUGGUCGUACUGAGAUGAAGGCGAAGAGUCUCCCCAUCGAUGGUGUGCGAGUAGUGACAGACGACAACCCCAUGCCGCCGGGUCUCCACCGUAAGAGCUUGGUGAUCAUUUCUCCCGGCAGGACGAUCAAGUUUACCUGCACCACUGGCCAACGACACGAGACGUGGUUCAAUGCUCUGUCAUAUCUCCUGCUGAGAACCAGCAAUGGCCACGAUGGCCAAUCUGAUGCAGAAGAGAUGGCGACAGACCUUACUCGGGAAGACGGUGACGAGUUCAACCCUCCAUUUGGCCGGCACCCUGCCAACGGUACCUCGCGUCCCUCGGCUCCGUCCCUUUCAUCGUACAACUCUCGCACCACUUCACAGGCCGAGGCAAUCUCUCUAGAGAUUCCUACGCUGACGCCAUCAGGGAAGCAUGCUUCAACCCCGAUCAGGCCGUCCCUUACUGGCAGCAUCAGCAGCAAAGUAGGCUCGUACUGGAAGGUGGGCGGGUCCAAGCUCUCCGGAUCGAUACGCAGCAGGACGGUUAGCGCCCAGAAUGUUAGCAUCUACCAGGCGAGCGAGGUCCACGACAGUGCCGAGGAUCUUCGUGAGAUGAUUGAGCAGCAAGACAGGGAAGCAGACCGGCUGGAGAAUGUCAGAGCUUGUUGCGAUGGCAAACACGACGUCGGGACACUUCCUCACACCACCAAGAAAGGAGGACGCAGCCACAACCAUCAUCACCAUCACGUUCACUCCAGUGGACAGUCUGCCAUGAGUACCCCCAUGGCAUCUAUGCGCUCUCGGGCAUAA